AUGAGGCAGCUCAAAGGGAAACCCAAGAAGGAGACUUCAAAAGUUAAGAAGGAGUGGAAGCAAGCCAUGCAGGAAGUCAGGCAGCAGAUCACCACCGCUGUGCUGCCUAAGUUGGCCGUGGUGGUGGUCCUGAUCGGUGUCCACGUGGCCACACGCCCCACCAUCACUGAGUGA